AUGUUAUGCAAGGUGCAACAGAUUCUUGAAUCCCUCUUUAAGCUCAAGGUACUUGGUAACCUUAAGUACUUUUUAGGCCUCGAAUUGGCAAGAUCACCUGAAGGGAUUGUUUUAAGCCAGCGUAAAUACACCCUAAACAUUUUAGAGGACACUAAUUUUAAUGAUGCAAAGGCUACCUUACUUCCCACAGAGACUAAUUUGAGGCUGAGUGCUUCUGAUGGGGAACUUCUGGAUGACCCAGUGAUCUAUAGGAGCAUCAUUGGGAGGUUUAUGUACCUCACUAUCUCGCGUCCUGACAUUACCUAUGUAGUUUUCACAUUGAGCCAGUUCUGGUCACAAUCACAUUCCACACAUCUCCAUGCUCUCCAUUAUUUGUUGCGAUACUUGAAGGGAACAACAGGGCAAGGCCUGCUAUUUUUUGCAAAAUUGGAUAUGAGACUAAUGGCCUAUGUGGAUGCGGAUUGGGCUGGCUGCCUAGAUACUAGGGGAAGCGUGAUAGGUUUUUGUGUUUUCAUUGGCGAUUCUGUGUCUUGGAGAUCGAAGAAGCAAUAA